AAUUCUCAGGAAGAAAUGUUUUGCCGGAAAUGCGCGCGAUUCGCGACGCUCCUCUCUCUCCCUCCUUCAGUUUCUCCCGUUUUCCAUCCUUCUAUAAAAGCCUGAAAACCAGACUAUCAUACGAUCCCAAGAACUCUCUCUCUAUCUCUCUCUCUCUCUCUCUGCGUGAACGCAUUGUUUAAUCAAAUUGAAGAGAGGGAAACAGAGUAUCAGUGAAGUUUCAUCUCAAGCUUCGAUACUUUUCUUGUUUCCGUCAAUAAAAAGUCGAUCCCUUUUUUAUUUUCAGUAGCUCCGAUAUUGAAACACAAGCGAUUCUGAUAUUGUAGUCGUCUUUUUCUGCGAUCGUAACGACCGCAAUCUACGCCGUUGGUUCGCGACCGGCAUAAUCGCUCGGACAACCGGCGCUCGGAGACAUGAAGAACGAAGAUCAAGCUAGGUCCCUGUUUGGGAUCUCUCUGUCUGAUCGACCCCGGUGGCAACAGUUCUUCAUAUGCUCGUCUGGGUUUUUCUUUGGUUAUCUUGUUAAUGGCAUUUGUGAGGAGUAUGUUUAUAAUCGACUUAAAUUCAGCUUUGGCUGGUAUUUUACCUUUGUACAAGGAUUUGUUUACCUGGUACUUAUCUACUUACAAGGCUUCACCACCAAGCAAAUGGUGAACCCAUGGAGAACGUACGUGAAGCUAUCUGCAGUUCUGAUGGGUUCUCAUGGAUUGACCAAAGGUUCCUUGGCUUUCCUCAACUAUCCAGCUCAACUCAUGUUCAAAUCCACAAAGGUGCUGCCAGUCAUGAUUAUGGGUGCUUUCAUCCCUGGGUUGAGAAGGAAAUACCCCCCUCAUGAGUACAUCUCUGCACUGCUUCUGGUGGUAGGCUUGAUCCUUUUCACCUUAGCAGAUGCCAACAGUUCUCCAAAUUUCAGCAUGAUUGGUGUUGUAAUGGUAGUGGGUGCUCUAAUCAUGGAUUCAUUUUUGGGUAAUUUGCAAGAAGCAAUUUUCACUUUGAACCCUGAAACAACGCAGAUGGAAAUGCUGUUUUGUUCAACAGUAGUUGGGUUGCCUUUCUUAAUUCCGCCAAUGAUUAUAACAGGAGAAUUGUUCAAAGCCUGGAGUUCUUGUUCUGAGCAUCCGUAUGUAUAUGGGGUGCUAGUGUUUGAAGCCAUGGCCACAUUCAUUGGUCAAGUGUCUGUUUUGUCCCUCAUCGCAAUUUUCGGGGCUGCCACAACAGCCAUGAUAACGACUGCUAGAAAGGCAGUCACUUUGUUGCUAUCAUACCUGAUAUUUACGAAGCCACUAACCGAACAGCAUGGGACGGGGUUACUGCUGAUUUCCAUGGGCAUCAUUCUGAAGCUAUUGCCUGAAAGCAAAGUCCCCAAGAUGGGGUCAAUCUCGAAUGCUUUUUCCAAGCAUGGAAAAUUUUCUUUCAAAGAAGAGAAGCAGAUAGAAAUUAGAGAAAAUGAUGAACAGCCUGAAGAGAGAAGGCUACUUAUAUGAAAAUGAGUCGUGGUUGCUUUUGCCGGCAUGCACACAAAGAAUGGGGAGGAUACAGAUUCAGGCAGACAGAUGUGUACUAGCUAGUCAUUCUAGGUGGAGAGUUGACUCUUUUAAGUUCUUAGAAACUGAUUACAUUUCUGUCACCAAUUAACCUACCAGGGCUUUUGAUUGCUUUAUGUUAGUUUAAUACACCAAUGACCAGGAAAGAAGGAUAUUAUUGACAGGAAGAUGGGAAGGAAAUCAGCCAAAUAUUUGGAUAAAUGACUUUGUAUUACUGAAAUAAAUUUAUUUAUUUGUACUUGAAAUGAGAAAUUAGAUGAAAUUUGAGACUUUAUUACUAUUA